AUGAUGAGAAAGAAGAAAAAGGGUAUGGUUUGGCGGUUGGUGACUGUUGUUGGUGGUACUGAUAAGGAAGGAAGAGCACCAAACUCCGAGUCAGGCUGUCGGGUCAACUCGUCCAGCGACCACAAAUCAAGUGGAGGUGGUGAGCAGCUUAAGAGAUCCGACGUGUUGAACGCCAUAGCACGCGGGGCGUCGCCGUUGUUGCGGCAGUUGAGCUUUCCGCCGGGUUCCUCUCCAAUCUCGUAUCAGGAAGCGCCAUGGAAAUAUAUAGGUCCUCGUCCAUCGCCUCAAGAGGAAAAGUGA